AUUCAUUGAGAGAACACUGCGUAAGUCAAGGACUCGACAGGCGUAGCAGGAAAUAACUUCGGUUUAUCUUGACUUCUCAAAUAUAGACUGUCUACAGAGCCAGUCUAUCUGAGACCAGGACACACAGAUUCACUAACAUCGACAUAGUUACCGUUGGUUCUCUGCUUCGAGUUUAUUUCCGGGUUCCAGAGAGAAAUGCCGCUUUCUCAGACCUCCCGUAGAGCCUUACUGGGAACACCCAUCGUCCUGGGCAUCGCCGUGUCGUGGGUCGGGUCCACCCAGUUCGCCCAGAGCACGUUCUCCGCCACGUUUGACGGGCCCUUCUUCAACAUGUGGUUCUCCACCGUUUGGAUGAUGGCGUGCUUCCCGGUGUACACUGCGGCAUGUGUUCUUCUGAAGGGGCAGUCGUGUGGUCAAGUCUACAGAGAAAAUGAGUCCAUUUUCGGAGCGGACGGCCUGACAUUGCGGACACUCCUGGUGAAAGCUGGCGUUUUUCUCCUCCUCUGGGCAGGAACGAACUACCUGUACAUCCGGGCACUCAAAGAAAUCCCCGCUACUGACGUCACAGCGCUAUUCUCCAGCUGUAACGCCUUCGUCUAUGUCUUUUCUAUUCUACUGUUGAGGGAGAGACUAUAUAUCGGACGGAUCUUAUCAGUACUGAUGGCUAUGGGAGGAAUCGUGCUCAUCGCCAACGCCAGCGGGUUCAAGGGACCCUCCUUGCUAGGUGUGGUUCUCUCUGUGGGUGCGGCCAUUGGAGCGGCUCUGUACAAGGUAACUUCUGAUUUGCUGUUCAAACGCGUGUUUGGAGACGCGAGUGUUGGACAGGUGUCCCUGUUCCUGUCAUGUCUGGGGAUGGUAGACCUGCUGGGACUCUGGCCCGUCAUGCUAAGUCUGUACUACGGACAAGUGGAGACUAUGGACUGGUACCACCUCCCGUGGUCUUAUCUGUGUGGCGGAGCCGCACUUGGGCUGGCUUUCAACUUCUUCAUCAACUUUGGGAUCGCCUUCACCUUUCCCCUCUUCAUCUCCCUGGGCACCGUGCUGGGAAUCCCACUGAACGCAGGCGUGGACGCCGUGUUCCGUGGCGUGACGUUCGGCCCGCUGAAGGCAGGGGGCGCCGCCAUGGUGGUCGGCGGGUUCCUCCUGAUGUUGGCCCCUGAGGAAGCUCAUCGCAGGGUCUGUGACGUCAUGUGCUGUGUGGAGCCAACCCAGGGAGCAGACGAGACAGAGCGACUUCUGCCAGGGAGACCAAGUGUCGGCACUUCAGUACAGAAGAUGCCAUGACAAUUCAGAGAUUUCUCAAGUUUAGACUUAUCAUGUAGAACGGGGUGGACGACUUCACAUUCAAUCAGAUCCUUAAUUAUGUAUAGAUACUUCGCCAUGAUAAUCUAUCUUUGUGGUCAUACUACCUCAAGGAACCAAGCACAAAGCCAGUCAACAAAAUCCAUCAUUGAACCACGUUAAACAAUUUUAUUUGCAAUUUAUCACAACUUAUAUCCACAUAUGUACAGAACAUUCAUCACUUUAAAGGUCCGAUAACGUAAAUGAGUGCUAAUAUGCAUAUGCCUCAAUUCUACUUAAGAUAUCUGUAAUGUAACCAAUUGAUGAGAUAUAAGACUAUACGGAAAGCAGUCAGUGAUUCCAGCCUUAGACAGAUCAAUCUCUCAAGUCCAUUUUAUGGACGACUAAUGUUCACCAAUUCUUUAAAAAGUAGCAUUUUAUUCAUCUUACAGAUUGUUCUUGUAGAAACUUCAGAAAGCUGAUUUCUACAUUACAUUAAUAAGAAAGUGUACUAGGUAAGAUGAGUUAUGACUAUUUACGUGCUAAAACAUUUCUGAAACAAUAUCAAUGGAUUUCUUGAUCAAUGCCUACUUAGUAACUUGCUUUUGUCUGGGCCAACUAGAUUCGUACAUCUCCGUCAUCCUCUGCAUGUUCGAUAACGAUCUUUAGGUCACACUCCGUACUGACGACAUGAUGAGUGUUAGUGUGGGGGACGC